UUUAUCAAUGGCUCCAUGGUAACACUGCUCACAAUAUUAUCAAAAUUCAAACAAAUUCAAACCGAGCGGUUGCAUCGCGCGUCAUCGAACAAGUUACGGGAAACGCGUGCGGACGUGUUUUGAAAGAGGCGACGACAAAAGCUUCAUUCGCGCGAUUUUCGGAAUCUCUCUCUUCGACGCGAGUUUUCGUUACCUUGUUGUUGUUUAUAGAAGGAAAAGAAAGCAGCAAGGAAAUGUUUUAAGCCCAGAAGCAGCAAAACAAAGUUGUGACAAAAGCAACACACCCGACAACAGCACCCAGUGUUUGUGAAGUGCAAGAAGUAGAAAUUUAUAGUUGCUGUAUUUUGUCGAAAUUAAAUUAUGUUAAGUGCUUAAAACAGCUCGAAGGUGAAGUGCAAAGCGAAAGGAAAAAAGAAACGCCGCCAGCAAGCAGGGCAUAAAGCAACAGCAUCCCAUUAUCCCAGCAUCCAGCCUCCGCAGCAAGCAGCAAGCAGCAGCAGCAGCACCAUCCAUCCACCAUCCUCCUCCAUCCUCGGCAAAGAGGUGCAGGCGGCGCAAAGUAUGUAAAAGUUGAAAAGUGAACGGAUUCGCGACGAGCGGCACCAAAACUAAACAAGUUGCAAUGUGAAGAGCCCUAAAAGGACAAGUGCGAAACCCAAGGAAGCCCAGAAGUUGUCAACGAGCAGGAGACAAGACGAAGAAGAAGAACAAGAAGAGUAAGAAGGAGCACCGGCAGCUGCUCCAACGAUUGACAGGACAAAAACAAAGGCGAAACCCCGGGGCCCAGCAGAGCGGAGCGGAGCGGAGCGGAGGAGCAAAAGUUUUUCCAGCUCUUGUUGCUUGUUGCUGGGGGUUUCCAUGGCCGCUGUGUUGCAGGCAACCACGGGGCAACAGCAUUAGAAGCGCAAUGUUCUGGCCAAAUACCGCAACGAAAUAGAAUCGAGAACGUGGAUAGAGGAUAGAAGAUAGAGGAUAUUGGAUAGAUAUAGAGUGGAUAGGAAAGCACUCGACAGCACUGGCCAAAAAAGGAGCAAAGCCAGUGACUGCCGCAUAUGUGUUUUGUGCUGGUGGUUUUUGUGCUUUUCUCUGUGUGAUGCCACAAGGACACACUUCAAGUGACAGCAACAGCAACGUCAGCGGCAACAGACUCAAGUGCAGCAGCAGCCCCAGCAGCCCCACAAGGAGGCAAGCCUAGGGAGAGCGACGAGAGCGAGAGCGAGAGCGAGAGAGAGAGAGAGAGGGACAGCUUUCCAUCUUAAACGCAGCAUGCGCAAGCACAAAGCGCCGCCCAGCGGCAGUCCAAGGACACAAUCAGAUCCAGCUGCUGCAGGACUAGUGGAAAUCCAGGCAGAGCAGCAACAGCAGCAACAGCAGCAGCAGUGCCUGCUCCUAGGACACAAUCAAAUGGCCAGCAAUGGUCCCACUCCAACAGCAGCAGCGGCGGCAGCAGCGAGCACAGCUAGUCGCCUGGCAGCCCCCACCGCGAGCUGUCAGGACAGGCCGGAUCAGCAGCAGCAACAGCAGCAGCAGCAACAGCAUCAGGCAGCUGCCAGCUGCAGCAGCAAGGAGCGACCUCAUCCCACAAUAAAGCUCAUGUCCUUGCUGCAGAUCGCCAGCUAUGUGCUGUGCCUGUGCGCCUUCAGCUUCGCCCUGUACGCCAACGUGCGACAGACGCGAAUGGAGCUGCGGCUGCAGCGCCUCCAGCAGCUGGACGCCCGCAUUGUCGAGCUGGAGCUGCGGCUCGAGCAGCAGCAGCUGCUCCACUGGCCCGCCGAACAGACCCAGAUUCUGGACAACAGAAACAACACCAACGGCACCCAGCACCUGACGCUGCAUGUGCGCCGGGAGCUGCAUCGUCUGCGUCGCGAUGUGUCGCACCUGCAGCUCACGCGACGCCAGCAGCGACGGCAGGCGGCCGAGGCGGCCGCAGCAGCAGCGGGCGAGGGUGGUCCAGCACUGACCGGAGGUCACGGCGAGUGCCAGUGUCAACCAGGUCCUCCAGGACCGCCGGGGCCACCGGGCAAGCGAGGGAAGCGCGGCAAGAAGGGCGACACCGGCGACAAGGGCGACGCGGGUCUCAAUGGCAUCAGCGGCGAGAAGGGAGCGGCUGGCAAGCCCGGCGACAAGGGCCAGAAGGGCGACACCGGCCACCCGGGCAUGGAUGUCUUCCAGACGGUGAAGGGUCUGAAGAGAUCGGUGACAACGCUGCAUGGCGGCACGUUGGGCUAUGCGGAAAUAGUUGCUGUAAAGGACUUGCAAGAAGCCGGCGUCAAUGUGUCCGCUUCCACAGUCAUACAGCUGAAGGGCGAGCCUGGGGAGCCGGGUCCGCCGGGACCAGCGGGCGAGGCGGGACAGCCGGGGGUGCCGGGCGAGCGAGGACCACCGGGCGAAACUGGAGCGCAGGGCGUUCAGGGCGAGCCCGGACAGCCGGGCCCCGCCGGACCGCCUGGCGUGUCCGGUGCACCUGGCACGAAGGGUGACAAAGGCGAUCGCGGCGAUCGGGGACUAACCACAACCAUCAAGGGUGACGAGUUCCCUACGGGCAUCAUCGAGGGUCCGCCGGGACCGGCCGGACCACCUGGUCCACCAGGGGAGCCCGGCGAGCGCGGCGAGGCGGGACCCAUCGGACCAGCCGGACCCCCCGGCGAGAAAGGACCGCGCGGCAAGCGUGGCAAGCGGUUGUUUGGACCUGGAGGCACGAAGCUGGACGAGGACUACGACGAUCCACCGGUGACACUGUUGCGCGGUCCGCCCGGACCGCCUGGACUCGCUGGAAAGGAUGGCCGCGACGGACGCGAUGGCAGCAAGGGGGAUGCCGGCGAGCCUGGAGAGCCUGGUUCGCUGGGUCCACGCGGCCUGGACGGCCUGCCCGGAGAGCCGGGCAUCGAGGGACCGCCAGGUCUGCCUGGCUAUCAGGGACCGCCGGGGGAGAAGGGCGACCGUGGAGACAUUGGGCCGCCUGGACUGAUGGGACCCCCGGGUCUACCUGGCCCGCCGGGCUAUCCCGGCGUCAAGGGAGACAAAGGUGAUCGCGGCGACUCGUACCGUAAGAUGCGUCGUCGCCAGGAUGACGGCAUGUCGGAUGCCCCACACAUGCCCACCAUCGAAUACUUAUAUGGUCCUCCUGGACCACCCGGCCCCAUGGGCCCGCCAGGACACACCGGCGCCCAAGGCGACCGCGGCUUGGAUGGACGCAAAGGGGAUUCGGGCGAAAAGGGCCACAAGGGCGAUCAGGGACCCAUGGGGCUGCCGGGCCCGAUGGGUAUGAGAGGCGAAUCGGGACCCUCCGGUCCGGCGGGCAAGGCUGGCAUACCGGGUCCACCGGGCUUGGAUGGCAUGAAGGGAGCCCAGGGCGAGACGGGACACAAGGGAGAGCGCGGCGAUCCGGGACUGCCGGGCACCGACGGCAUACCCGGCCAGGAAGGUCCGCGCGGGGAGCAGGGCUCACGUGGCGAUGCUGGCCCGCCCGGUAAGCGGGGACGCAAAGGAGAUCGCGGCGACAAGGGCGAACAGGGCGUGCCUGGACUGGACGCACCAUGCCCCCUGGGCGCCGACGGGCUGCCGUUGCCCGGCUGUGGCUGGCGGCCGCCAAAGGAGCCAAUCAUCUCAACGCCCGUGCACAAGGAUUAUUUGCCCGAUGUAACGCAGCCGGAAAGCAACGCCAGCGAUUACGAGCAGGAGGAGGAGGAGGACGAGGAGCAGGCGGAGGCGGAGGAUAAUGAAAACGAAUAUGAUGAAUAUCAGGAUAAUUUGCAUAACAAUGAGUGAAAAGGAAACAGAACAGGCAGCGGCAACGCAACCGACGACCCAGCAAAUGGCAAACACAAACAUACCAAAGCAAACAGACACAGACCCGCUCUCAGAGACACACACACCACACAAAAUCCACUUACACUUCCACUUGAAACACACCCACACACACACACACACUGGCACUCACUUUCACGCACACUGACACAGCCACAGGCAGAAGCAGAGGCACACGCACAGACAGAAGGCAAUGGCAAUGGCUACUAGUUAAGCAUUUCCGAUUUCCGCUGCGAGCGAGCUUCUGGCUCUGUUUCGCUCUGUUGACAUUUGCAAUUAGCGUUAACAAAUGCCAAGUGGCUGGCUGGUUGCUGCUUCUAACCGUUCGCCAUUACCAUACACUCUGCCGCUCACCUCACUCUAUCCAUCAAUUACCCUUUCGCUUGAACACAGAUACACAAACACUAUCGUAGUUACACACUGGCUUAGCUCUUGGUGAUGGGUCCUGGUCCUGCGUGGCGCUCAUUUGUCUUUUUUGAUUCCUAAUCCAAAAACUGUGCCCAUUUUUGGUUAACCAUCUGUUUCGCCCUCCCUCCCAACCCCAUCCAGCAGGAGAACUGGCAGGCCUGGCUCAAGGACGAGCUUAACGCGCUACAGCAGACGCACACAAAAAACUAAUCGACAGCCCCAGCAGCCACCAUGCGACGGUUGCAUCGAAGGCGUGGUCCUGCUACCGCAAUAUCCAUACGAAGAAUCUAAGCGCUUUGGUCUUAAUUUUAGUAAUUUGUUAUUGUUAAAUGUAGGAAUCGAACAAAGCUCUAUCCAUACACUGUACUGUAUAACUACACCUAUUACUACAUAUAUCUGUAUCUGCUUCCUGCUUCUGUGCCAAAUUGCUCCAAAGUUGCAACCAGUUCGGCUCCAGCUCCAUGACGAUGACGAGGACGUCGCUCUAGGCAUUCAUUGAACAAAAGCAACAUUUAAUUCUAGAUUUAAUGUACCUCUAAUAUGCGAAAUGUAUCUACUACAUCUACGAGUAUUUCUACGGCAAUAAGCAAACCUGGAACCCAGCUAUUUUUUACAAAAACUAUUUAAAAACAAAACUUCAAUAAAAAUCGAGCAAAAGUAAAA